AUUUUGGUGCUAAGUCGCCUGUUUUGGCAUUUUGUGUACUAAAAACUUCGCGAACUUCUCGUCAUCGUUCGAUACGUGAAUCGUCACAGUAAAAAAAUCUACACGAGCCUGACCAAAAUAGUUGAAUGAUAAAAAAAAAUCCGAUGAAAAGGCAAACAAGCCAGUAAAUCACAGAGCUCAUCGCAACGUAAAGACAAUACAGCGGAAAAUGUAUCUUUCGUGCGAAAUCCGUGUAACACACUUUUUCCAAGCCAUCCGUUUGUGCGCUGUGGAGGAUUUCGCCGAUAUGUAGAUACAUUUGGGCAGUGACGGAGUGCUUCCCAACGAAAAGGAAUCCUUAGCGAAGGAAUAAAAUUAAAGUGCAGAGGCUAUGGUUCGGUGAAAAACUAUGGCCUUCAAAGUCCCACCCAGUUAGGAUAUGUGCGUGUGUGUCUAAAUGCCAACUGAAAGCUAAUAUCUCGCUUAUAAUGGACUUUUGAGAACUAUUCACAACUGCCAGAUAAAAUGAGGGCUAUCCUGAUUGCUCAAGCGAACCCCAAAAAGGCGUCGACAGUAACUAAACAUAUUUGUUAGCAGCAGAUCUACUAAAAACAGCAAACAUGGAGCCAAAUCAUUAUUACUGCCGGAGCGCCAUGCAGCAGAAUCCCUCGACUUCCAUUCCCCAGCAUGCGGCGAACAAACUCAACUAUGGGAUGAACGCUGGCCAGGAUUAUGUGACAUGUAGCUCCGGCCAACCGCAAACGGGCUACAGCUCCAAGGAUUUGGUGCCGCGCAGUGGGAACGGCAAAACGCUGGGCGGGAAUGGCAACAUGGGUAGUCCGUAUGGAGGAUCUGUGUGCAGCAACAGUAGUGGGCAAUGCAGCAAGAAUACUGCCAACGCUGGGAACUAUAUCAACAUAAUGACUGUUCCACUGGGAACACUGCAGUAUAAUCGAAAGAAGCUAUCUACUCAAGACUACGAAUCGCAUUUAUAUUACAACACUGCGGAUGUGAAGUGUCGCGAUGAUUACUAUAUAGCCAACAAUGCCGCAGCAGCAAUACCGCAGCACCAAGCUCAUCAACCGCAACAGCAGCACCUGCACCAGCAGCCGCAUCAGCACCAACAUCAACAGCAUCAGCAGCAGCAGCAUCAGCUGCACCAGCACCAGCAACACCAACAGCACCAGCAGCAUCAGCAACAUCUGCACCAGCAGCAGCAACAGGCCAACUUUCUCCACAUCCAGCAGUCGCUGCAGCACAACCACCAACUGAGCCACCCAGAACCAAUCCAUCAGUUGCCCCAAUUACAGGGUCCGGUGGCCGAUCCACCAGAUGCCUUCGACAACUGUGCGAUCUUCCCGAGCGCCGGCGGCAACGGCACCGGAAGUGGACGCGUGGCAGCCACUCAAACCCAUCAGAACCCAUCCGGUGUGGUCACGUGCGACCAGCAGGUGCCCGUGUCCCUGGGCUCGGUGAAUAUGCCAGUGCCCCCCAUCAUGUACACCGUGCACCGUGUGGUGACCACAGCCCAGAUCCAAACGGCGGUGGGCAGCACCUUCGCCUCAUCGGCCAGUGUGUCCAGUGUGGUCAGCACGGGUCAGAAUGAUGGCGAUUGCCUGUCGCCGGCACAGGUGUCCUCCGCCAUGGCCGCCUCUGGCAAUGCUCCCUGUUUGGGUGGACUACCCGACAUGGGCGCCAACAUGAUGAGCAAUGCAAGUGCACUUUGUCCCCUUUCCGACCUGAGGAGCCCAUCCGGAGUGCUCACCAAUAGCUCAUUCAUGCCACAACAUCACAAGUGCAACAAUGGCAACGAUGCCCAAUCCAAUCCCGCAAUCCAAAAACGUCUCAUGGCAACCAGCUCAACUUCGAAUUUCGCGACUGCCGGCAAAGCUGCUUCCAAUCUAACCCGUGCUCUCCAAAAUGUAAUACCCACAUGCGUUUAUCUUAUGUCCCGGGUGGCGGUGCACAUGGAGAUCGAGGGCACCGCCCAGUGUCCAUCGCAAGUGAUGCUGGCAGCUGCCUUGGGCUGCGAGGAGCUGGGCAUCUCCAACAAGCUGCUGGCACAGAGCGUGUUCGGAUUGUGGAUGACAAGUGCUUUACUGGAGAUGCAGCUGAAGGCCCACCACUGCCCCUAUAUAGUGCGAGUUGCGUGGCCCAAUCUGCUCCAGAAGUUCAGCAACAGCAGUCCCAGUGAUCGCAAGUUCGAUGAGCCCAUGAUCGUUUUGAAGCGCAACGUCUUCUUCUCCAAGCGAGAUGAGGAGAAGAUAAAGGAUCAUCGGAUCUUGGAGCUGCUCUAUGAGGAGGCCAGGAACAAUGUGCUGACAGGCAGAUAUAUCAUGGAACCCGUGCAUUCGCUCAUGUUGGGUGGCAUUCAGGCGCGCAUCGAACUGGGUCCCUACAACUCCCACACCCAUACAAUAGGAUUCUUCAGGGAGAACCAAGCCAGGUUUCUGCCCCCUCACGUGGCCAAGAGCUCCACUUGGCUGUGGUUACCGAUUAGCCAGAAGAAUUCCGCGGAGGUGAAGCUUCUGGAGCAGUUCAAGCGGGUGCCCCAGACUGCCACCACCCGAAAGUUGAUGAGGAAAUACCUGGAAUUCUGCUGGGCACUGCCCUUCUAUGGUGCCGCCUACUUUCAUGGUCAAAUUGAGCAACCUGUUCGGGGCAUCAUGGCACUGGUCAACCAGAAGGACAUGGAGGUUUUGGUCGCCGUCAAUGAGAGAGGUGUUUUCGUAAUAGAUCCGUACGAAUGCACCCUCUUGCUGGGAUUGCGAUACGAGGAUUUGUCCUGGGAUUACGCAAAGCCAAGUGCAAGUGAUGAUCCCGAAUGCCUCACUUGUAUCUUCCUGCAGUUCGAUGCUGUCGAGAACGGAAUACAAGUGUCCAAGCUGAUGCAAAUAUUUUCAAAGCAAGCUGCCAUGAUAGACGCACUUAUAUCACAUUUUACGGAUCAGAUCAGAAACAAAAAGCAGGAGGGUGCCACCCAAGAACCUUUUCACGAUGAGCCAAAUCCUAUUCAAAAUAAUGGAAACGGAGUCUUGUGCAAUAAGCUGUCUCGAUUAACUUUGGCCACCUUCGAUGAGGAGGGGGGUCGUUGCAUUGGGCAAAUGGGAUCAUUAUCAAUAAGCUAUUAACAUUUGUUACUAACGAUAAAGUAAAUUUAAGUUAAGGGGUGUUGAAUAAAGUUCACGCAUAUAUUCACGAAUUGUUGAUCAAUUUCCAUAAAUAUACUCACAAGUAAAUUUUUAGCAAACGGAAUCUUCAUACUCACAGUCACCUACAUAAUGCAUUCCAUUUAACCAAAGUUGUUUUCUAAUUUUACAAAAUAUCGGUGAUCAUUAUUCGAAUUUUAACGAAUGGUACAAUAAGUUAUUUAAGACUUACACUAAGUUACAGAAUAUAUUGCUAAAUGGCACUGGCAAACGAAGAUUCCAUAAUAUCCGCACCCAUCAGAUACUUUAUUUUUGUGCCCAAGAUUAUGUAUUAUUUACAAAAAUAGUUGCAUUUCAUUAAGCACAUGUAAUUGUUUGCAAUUAUUGCAUGUAUUCCAAUUGAAGACCCCGAAUAGUUAUCUCUUUUUAAUUUAAAGUUAAGAUAAGGCAUGCAGUAUAUAUUAAGGUAUAUACAUAUAUGGGUAUGUGCAUUUGACGUAUGCGUUCAGAAUUAGUUUAAUAAGCCUUCGACUGAAACAAAUUAUGUAUAUAAUAACAAUAAAGUGUAUGUACAAAAUGUAAGGGCUAACUGCCAACAUAGGUUAUGUAUAUAUUUAAAUUUGUAUGUAUGUAUAAAUUGAGACUUAAAAUAAAUACCGUUUCCUCAUAUUUAUACAGCAAAUACUUAAAAAUCUAAUGCAAUUUGAUUUG